CCGAAGCUGGAGAGACGGCGCCGGAAGUUGCCGAGACGACGCGGGUUGUGACUGCUUCCGAGGACCCGGGAAAGGUUUUGCAUGCACAGAGCUUGUUUGAGCUGCCGAGGCACUAACAAUGGAUACCCAGAAAGAUGUCCAACCCCCAAAGCAGCAGCCGAUGAUAUAUAUUUGUGGAGAGUGUCACACCGAAAAUGAAAUAAAGUCCAGAGAUCCAAUCAGAUGCAGAGAAUGUGGAUACAGAAUAAUGUACAAGAAAAGGACUAAAAGAUUGGUGGUUUUCGAUGCUCGGUGAAAACGUGAAAUUCAGGAGUGUCUUCGUUCAAACAUUUGCCCCACUGAUGCUUCUCUGUGUAGCUUUACGACUACAAUUGUGUACCUAUGGUUUCACUUUAGAAAUGUGAUUGUAUUCUAAUACUUGUAUAAAGGAAGUUUUGGUUUAGCAUAUGACUUUUAAUUUAUUGUGCCUAUAAUCUCUCACACAAUGAAGAUUAAAGUUGCUUCCCCAAA